AUGUUCGCCAUCGGACUGCUCGCCAUCGGGGCAAUCCCCACGACGAUAGGGGUGGGCCAGGCCAUCAGCGCGCAGAAGAGGCAGAACGCGGCCCAGAAGGAGCAGGCAAAGUUCCACCUCACGGCGAAGCUGUCCCUGGGUGGACGCCCUCCCAUGGAGGCCAUGAUUGUGCUGAAGGACAACAAGCUUUGGAUCGAUCACCAGGAGAGCCCGGUGGAGGGACACAAGUUCACGGGCUACUACUUUACGUACCCGAGCGAGGAGCAGCACAAGGGAAUCGUCAGCACCAUCUCGAUCGAUCCGCCCAUGCUCAACUGGAUCUACGUCGACAAGGAUACGGCCACGCUGCGGUACGGCGGGCGAAAGGACACUCUGAGCCAUGUCAUCGGGCCUUGGUGGUGGAGCGAGGACGAGACAUACCUGACGUUGCGUGGAUCGGCCGACGGGUUCGUGGCCGAGGAGGACCCCUCGAGCAGGAAAUGGUUUCUGAGAUACAGCCUGCCCCAGCAACAGCAAAAGUCUGGGGAUCGGCAUCAUCGAGAUCGGGUGUGUGCCGAGGGGGAGGGUCCGUCAUAUAGCGGGGACGAGGUGUCUGAGAGUGAUGGGGAGAGUGACGAUCAGGAGGAAGAUUACGACGGGGGCGAGGGUGGCUAUGAUGACAGCUCGGAGGAGGACGAGGACGAGGACGAGGACGGAGAGGAGGAGGAGGGGUGCAGCGGGCCGCGGAGGGUGAGGGUGCAGCUUCGACGGCGGAUGAUGCUGGGCAUGGACAGCCGCUAUGUCAAGAGGGACUAA